CUGAUCACCCUCCUCCUUCCAUGCUCUCCCCAGCUCUAGAAGUGCAUGCAAACAACAACGAGGGGGGGAAAAGAAAAACCCCCAAACCCUCAGCAGUAAGUUGGCUGAUGCUGGCAGCAAGACAAAUCUGGCACCACACAGCAGGCAGGCAGAGAGUGCACUGCUCAUCCUUUCGCUUUGCCGGUGUGUGGGAAUGCUGGACACCAACAGCCAGCGAGGGACUCGGCCAAAAGCUCCUCUCCUCGGCGCCUGAACCCUGCUGCUCUCUGCCCCGGCUGGGAGAUACAGAUGUCAGAGGACAAGACAGACAAGGUAAAAAUCAAAGCAGCUGAAAGUUUUGAACAUGACAAGCAAAACAUUUCUUGGCUGAAAAAAGACCGUCGCACCAGCUCCCUGCCUCUACUGGCCCUCCCUGGGGUGACGCCGAGCAGUGAGGACCAUCCAGAUAACCAGCUUACAAAUGAAAAACACACAGAUGAAAAGCCUAUGAAAGGUAUUGUUAUGAGUUCUGUCGCAGAAUUCAGCAUCACAGACGCUUCAUCAAAGGGUACCAAAAAUGAGAAGAAAUUGUCAGAUGCAAGCAGAUCAUCCAUUGCUUCCCUGGAGAAAUGCAGAGAAUUCACUUACAUUGAAGAUGAUGCAUCAGUACAUCAGAGAGACAGUGACGAUGAAUGCGCAACACUUAUCCUGGCCUGCUUGUUCUGCCAGUUUUGGGACUUUCUUAUAAUGCUGCCUGAUACCUGUGAACAUUGGCUGACAGAUACCUGUUGUCCAUCCAAUAGAUAUUACCAGACCUCCGACGAAGACCACGGCAACAACGACUGCAACUGUGACUGUGACAUUGAUUGCAGCCUCUUUGAGUCCUGCCACGAGACUGGGGAGUGCCUGGAACUCGCCAUGGAGAUUUCAGAAGUCUGCUAUCGCUAAUAAUUCCUCAAAACUACUUGACAGAUUACAAAGGAGAUUUUUUUUUUUUUAAAUAUUAAUCAUAACCAGAGGUUUUGGCAAUGAGGACUAUGUGCAUCUUGUUGCUCCCUCCCUGGAGGUCUCUAUAUCUGUACCAUUCUGGUGGCAUGAUAUCACAAGCUGCUGAAACCAAUAAAGGACAAAAAAGGGUCUUCUCUGCCAUAGAUGACAACAGAAUUCCUAAGUGCCAAGUGUGCUCACUGCUUUACCCACUGUCAAUCCAAGCUUUUAUAAACCUCUAAUUGCUUUAAACACAGAUUUCCCCAUUCAUAAACACAGAACAAAUUAGGACAUUAUUUUAGGACUGAUAUAUAUACUAGUUCAUCUUCCUAAUGGAUUCAUACCUAAACAUGUAUUACACAUUGUUGGUUAUUAUAAAUAAUUUAUGAUAGAGCAUUAUUUUAUAAUUAAAAAUUUAUUUAUCCAAUCUCUUAAAACACUCCUAUAUGCCCAGUAUAGGUAGGAGAAAAAAAUUAAAUGAAUAAGAAACCAUGCUACUGGUAAUUACAGCAAAUGUCAUAAAAAAUCUCCAGUGAAUUUUGUGGAGGAAGAAUUUUCACAGGGUAGUGCAAUUCGUAUUAAUGUGCUGGCCCAUGGUUAUGCAGUAACAGGUUAUGCCUAUUGUUCACUAGUUAUAGGAAAGGGCUCCUUAAGUGUAAUUAGCCUAAAUGGGAACUGGCUGCACACUUCUAGAGGAGAAUUACCCAGUGGAUAGCUAGUAACUUCUUUGCUUGAUUUUCAUUUGUAGGACUUCUGCAAGAAACAGAAUAUUGCCACCUAUUCCAGCUCAAACAGGCAUCUCCACCUGGGCACAAAAGAUUACAAAAUGACUUUAUCUAUCCUGGUUGUGCUUUCAAACUCCCUCUAUCUCUUUUCUGAUGGGAGGUCUGAUUAAUAAAAAGGAAAUACAUGUUGCACAUGACAACAAAAGCAUGUAAACUCAGCUGCCUGAGGAUGCAGAACACAGGUAUUAAGCACAGGGGAAAAUACAGAGUUGUUUGCUCAAAUUAGGUAUUUAUAGACUAAAACCAAAGUCAGUGUUUGCUUUGUAUAAGAACUAAAAUUUCUCCCAAAACCCCCACUACACUCAGUGCAGUAGUGCUUGUGGAAUCCCAAACAAGGAUCCUGGGAAAGAUACUGGGACAUUAAGCAUUUCUAAAAUCAUUGAAACCACUUUUUUAUUAACCAGAGUAGUCGGGUACAAAAAUAUUUAAUGGGGGGAAGAAAAUUAGGUGCAUAUCCUUUCCUUACUCCCCUUCUGGAGUAAAGAAGUAGAACCACUCACAACCAUUGUCCUGGUGUCUAACAAAGCCUAGGGACCAGAAGACAACAAACCUCAGCAAUGCAGGGAGCAGCCCAGAACACCUCAUUUCUCUGCUCCUUCCAGGACAUGGGUGGGGAAUAGAAGAGAUUUGCUUAUCUUGCAUUGUCCCAUUGUGAGCUGUAGUCACCCACAGGAACUAAAUCAUUAGCCCUUCCUGGACCCAAGCCCCAGAGCACAGCCCACUGCCAUCCAGGAGCCACUGGUUUGGGUCACCCACCCCAGGAUGGGCAGUGCUGAGUUUUAAUGCUUCAAUUUGCAUUCUCCCAGAGAAAUUUGAGCUUAAGUCUUCCUAAGCUAAGCUGAACUCUCACUGCUACAUACCAGGCCACAGAGGCUUGGAUCAUCCUGUACUUUCUGCCACAGGUUGUCCUUGACAAAGUGGCAUAUGGGUAUUUAUGAAAAAAAACUCUGAGCUGAGGCAUUUAGGAGUCAGAAAAGGGGGAAAACUUGUUCCACUUACCAUUUCCUAGGGAAGCACUAAUCAAGAUGUAUAUUGGCAGUUCUUGCUCUUGAUGCCAAUCUCCAAAAGGGAGAUUUCAUGUGCAAUGGCUGGAUGGAGCCCAGGAGGGGAAACCAGAGGGUGGCAUACCCCAAAAUGUUUUCAACUGGGGGCUUUUUGGCACAAAUGUUGGAAUUUUUUCCAACUCUUUUUAUUUUCUUUUGAUAGAAAUCAAUAUUCAAAAGAUUUUUCUUUUUUUUUUCUUUUUUUUCUUUUUUUUGUGUGUUGUAAUUGACAGGUUGGCCUACUGAGGUCAUGUCUACUACAGGGCACAGGCAAGGUCAAAACCAGAAUUACUUUAGCCAUGAUUAGCCAGGAUGUCCCAGCAACAUGAAUGGAAUCACACUGGGAUAUAUUGAGAGCUGCUGCUGUACUGCAUGGUGGUGUUUUAAAUAAUGCAGCAAUAUCUCCUUGCCUAAAGCGUACAAGGGCACGUUGCUCAGUUUCCUGCUUUAGGAAGUAGAUUUUUUGAGACCUUUUAGAGCAAUGAAACCUUGAAAAACAUGUUAUUUCAUGCAACACAGGAGAAUCAGCAGCCUAUGACAAUUUUGUUUUCUGCUAUAAAGUUGUUAAUUGCAACAUUGUCUUUUCAUGACACAUAGGAGCACUUAAACAUAUUAACACCAGAGAAAGUCAGCCAGACUUUUCCAUUAACUAUUCCAGAAACUCUUUGAAAAGUCAUCCUAUUCCCACACUAAACUGACUUCCUAGUGCAGAAAAACACCCAUUUAUCAGAUCUGAACAUGGGUAGACAUUCCAGUGAAACCGAAGCGUUUGGAACAAUUUGAGGCAGUCUCUGUAUUUUUUAUUUACUGGGAAGGAAGGUCUGGGUGCUCGAGUAGGAGGCGUUUGGGUGGAUGGCUGUUGGGAACAUGUUGGACUCAGCUGUGCUCCCGGGGAGAUGUCAGCGCGUGAAACCAGCUCCUGAGAACAACAAAUAGAAGUUCCCGUUUUGCAAACGGGAACAGCGCUCCGACACGACGCCUCUCCCCGGCACCAGAAAUGCACUGACAGAUUGCUUGGGGGAAGAGAGAGACAGAGAGAAUAACGGAGAGCUGCAUUGCUACCUUCCACAGGAAAGGACCAUGGGAUGCUCUCUAAGGAUCUCCUCUUGGAAAUGACCCAGCAGUCUCAUCCUUGAGACAAAAAUGUCUUUUUGCCUCCUUCACUCUGUUCUCAGAACACAAUACGGAUUAGGAUGUAAAUUUUAGGGGAAAUGAUGUUUGCUAAAUAUUGGAAAAGCCUUCCAAAAGUUCAAAGGUCAGUUAUCUCAAAGGAUAUUAAGUUCUCUAACUGACCAUGGGCCUUUCCAUAAUGUCGCUCUGGUGCCUUACUCUCCAUGUACAACAAGUCCCUGAGAUUUGGGACUGCCAAAAAUUAUCCCAUGUACAUCCCCAAAUACAGGGAUGGAAUAUAUUAUAUUACCUCAUUCAACUUUCCUCUGCUUCCUAAAGCACUUUGAUCAUUCAUAUUCUCUUGAGAAAUCAUCAACUACAACAACCAACAUCUUCCAAAAGUCCAGACAACGCACAAGUCUGCCUUAACUUGCAGUGCUGCUUAGGGAUUCAGGCUGAGUGCUGCAGCUGAGCUCUAGAAGGCUUUGGUUCUCAGGAAGAAAGCAAAAUACGGGAACAAUUAAGAUGCUUGCAAUUGUAUUUCUCCUAUUAUGCUUGUACAGUAUCAAAAAAAGUUCAAUAGUGUCAGACUAAGAAUGUAUAUAUCUAUUAAAUUUUUCUUUUAAUUAUAUUAAAUGGGUGGUUCCAUUGCUUUCAUCUUCAUCUGUUUGGGUUCUCUUAAAUGCAAGGUAAGUUUUCUAUUAUGCAAGAAAAUGAGUUUACCAAGCAGACUGGGAUUUACAGGCACUGCUCUACUAUAAUUCACUGUAACUGAGCAUUAAUCAUGAUUAAUAAUCUAUCAUUCCUGUGGUUUAGGAAAA